AGCGUGGAUGCCUUAUGCCCAUGUCUCGCUGGUUAGCACGCCUAUCUACGGAGCAUGCUUGGGGACCGCAGUAGCCCUGUAUGUCAGAGUAAUGUACACGGUCUCUACUUUCAAGGGUGAUGGCAGCUUCGCUGCGCCGCAUGCGCAGAUGGGGCUUGUCUUAGCGGGUUCCGGACUGUUCGCCGCGGUAGUGAUACUGGCUGUGGCGCUGGCGGUGGAUUAUGGAGAACAAGGUUUUCAAUGGGCAUUUACGGGGAUUGCUGCUGUGGCGUUUGCGGGUGGGUGUUUGAUGGGGUCGGGAAGAAUGCUGGGAAUGGGUUGGAGGUGUUUUCUCAUUGUGUAGGGUGUACUGUGGUAGAGAGUGGUGUGUUUAUGUGAUUUGCGAUUUCCUUGCUGCCUUCGACACUUCAGUCCUCUGUGCUACAGUCAGUCGUCAAAUCAUUGAAGUCCUACGAGCCUUUUCAGCAGGACUUCUUCGGCAAGGGUUAUGGUAAGCGUAUGAACUCCGGUCUCCACCACGGUGGGUCUCUCACAGCCAACUCACCGACGAAAUAUUAUACUUUCCAUCCUCAAUUCUAGGCGCCAAUAUACUAGUAGUCUGUUCUCUGAUAUUGUAUUUCUAUUAAGCACGCGUUGCUUGAAAACAUCCGGGUAUAUCAAAUUUCAAACAUUGUCAAAACGUGAACACGCUCCGCUUGGUGUAGUUGGUUUAUCACGUUCGGCUGUAAAAGCAAUUGUAACCGAAAGGUCCCUAGUUCGAUUCUGGGAGCGGAGAUCGUUUU